GUGCUUGUCCCACACUUGGAAGACAGAUGGGAGGUGGAAGGUAGUUUCGCUGCUCUUCCGCAACGGUGCGCAGCACAUCUUCGUUUGGUGGUGGCUCGGGGUGCUUUUGGCCUUCAUGCUCUAUCUCUCAGGCGUGCUACCGAUGACUGGCACCUUCUCCUCGCAAUCCUGGGAGCUUAACUGUCCAAUAGGGCCUUGGACGAUCUUCUUCACAAUGGUUACUUCUGUUCUUGCUCUACUUGUCAGCCCCUACAUGCCGGCGCUCUGUGCCCAGCCCGACAUGUGCUUCAUGGAUGCGGCGUGCAUCAACUACGCAAGUGAGGCCAUGCGAGAGCGUGCGGCCUAUGGAGUGGGGGGCAUCCUCUCAGUGAGCAAGGACUUUUGCGUGCUCUGGAGUGGGCCAUACUUUCAGCGCCUCUGGUGUGUCUUCGAACUCGCCACCUUCUCAAAAGCCUCGGCCGGCCAGGUGCGUUUGGAGCCAUUCUUCCACGAGCUGGUGAGCUUGGGCUUCAUGGUCUGCCUGUAUCUGACAGCCUGGAUUUCCUGGAUCUCCGUCGCCUUCGCGGAUGCGGCGAUCGCCACUGUCUUGCCGCUACUGCGUCUGCUUCCUUGCCUGUUGCUCCAUCAUCUCUUGCGCAGAAGAUGCGUUGAGAUGGAGGACGCGGUCGGCAAACUGCGCAGCUUUAGCUUCGACUCACUGCAAUGUGAAAGGGAUUUCGAUCGGGAGUUUGCCGAGCUGGCAAUCCAGCGCUGGUUUGGCAGCACCAACGAUUUCACGGAGCACGUGCGUGUGUCUUUACAUCAGACGUUGCAGGAGCAGCUCAGACUGCUGAAGGUUCCGACGGGCUACCUCCUCGUCGCAGUGGCCGGGCCGGUGGCCAUGAGCAUGGACAUCUGGCUCGGAAUGUACAAGGCGGAUGCUUCGAACGACCUGCUCAUUCGAUACCUGGCUGGUCAACUCAUAGGGUGCGACCUACUGUGGACGCUG